GCGCGGCGCGCCCCGAUGACGCCACCGCAGGCGCGGGCCGAUGACGCGGCGGGAGCGCCGGCGGGCGGGGGGACCAUGAUGGCGGCGGCGGUGGCCGCGCUGCGGGCCUGGGUGGAGGCGGCGGCGCGGGCGGAGGAGGCGGCGCGGGCGGCUCUGGCAGCCUCGACCCCGCUGCUGGGCGCGCUGGCCGCGCUGGCGGCGCAGAUGCGGGCGGCGCGGCGGCUGCCCUGGGACGCGACGCCGCUCGGCGCCUUCCCGGAGCUGCGGGCGCGGCUGUGGCAGAAGCAGCGCGGCGCGGCCGAGGCGCUGCUGGAGCAGCUUGGCGGGCGGCGGGAGGAGCUCCGGGCCGUGCGGGACGCCGUGGGGGCCGCCGGCACCGCCGUGCUGCGGCUGUACGAGGAGCGGGGCCCCACCGAGCUGGGGCUGCCGGGGGUUCUGCGGCGUGCUCCGCGCUGCCCCUCGCUGGCCGACGUGUUGGAGGGGCUGCAGGACGUGGAACGCUACUACCGGCACCUGUAUCCUGCUGGGGGUGUCAGGGCAGCGCUGGGGGCUUGUUUUCUCCUUGUUGUCCUUACCGACCACGAAGGUAUUUGGAGAGCAAACUGCUCCUGCAGCGCCUCAGCUUGGACAGCCUGGCAGACGUGGAAGCCCUCCCGCAGUCCUGGGAGAGGAUUUUGGAGCGCUACAAAGAAGAUGACGUGGUUCAAGGUAGUUCUGUGUAGAAGGGGCCGAGCGGUGUUUGCCAGGGCUCCGUGCUGCUGUCCCCUGGGGCCAGGCUCCGCCGUGCUGGCUGUGCUGGUCCCAGCAGCACGGGGUGACCCUGCUCAGGUGAUCUUUGUGACAUGCUUUGAGAUCUUGGUCAGCUUCAGUUGAAAGUACCAUCACACCCGGGCACAGCUGGAAGCAACAUCCUCCCCCAGAGUGUAGUGAGGGCUCAGUGACCUGUUCCACUGCUCAGUCAGUUUUACCCACACUUGAUUGUAUUGCCUUUAAAACAAGUUUUUGGGAGUAUAGAACGUAAAGCACGUUGAGCUGACAGUGUUGUUGUUUUCUCUGUGUCUCAGACACCCUCCUGAAGGUCUCGCUGUUUGUGGAGAACCAUUGUGAGGUGAGCUGCUCACCUGGCUCCUGACAGGGCAGCAGGGACUGCUGCUUCUGGCGUGUUCUGCGAUGCUGAAAGGGGCAUGGAGGAAUUGAGGGAGCUCUCCUGGUGCUUUUUGGAAGCUGAACAAGUUGAGUCUUCGCCUCAACAUAAAAUACUUGAAUUGUGCCAUUUUCAAGUGGAAAUGGCCUUGGUCUCUGAAGAGGAGGCUGAGCUGAAAAAGCCGUGAGGAUAGAAGGGAGUCAUCUCCAGCUGUGGAACUUGUAAUUUCUUUCUCCUGACAUAGAUGUUUUGUAUCAUGGAAAAAAUGUAGAUACUUACCUACAUGAGGUGCUGCAGAUGUGUGAGUGUAACAGUCCUUCAGGCUGGUGCCAUGAAAGAUACAUGGGCUCUGUCCUUAGAAAAUAUGUCAGAUUAGGGCUUAGAAA